AUGGCACAACGAGCAGAUAGCACAUCACAGCACCUCUCCAAGCUGGGAGGUUCCAUCCCGGAGCACCAGCCCAUCACCUACACGUUCCAGGCCCAUGGGGACACCAACAUUUCCGCGUUCUCCCAGCAACGCCUCCAGCCCUGGGGCAACUGGGGGACUGGAGAGGAGGUCGCAAGCAUCGCCGGUUGCCUCGCCAGCCUCUCCGAGCAGCUCACAAUCCAGCCCGUUCCGCAGGAUCGCUGCGGCCAAAAGGCUUCCUGCGAAUGCCGAGAGGACACCUUCACCAGCUUUGUCUGCGUCACCCAAGAGCUCGGCUUCGAGCCCGUUCCAGACAAGGCCUCGAGGCAGUCCUACGAGGCCUCCGCCUAUCUGGGAUUUCGAUGGUCCCAGUUGGUCUGCCUGUACGGGUAUGUGAUGUGUGAGAUGAGAUAUUGCUUCGAGCAGAGCAUGCACACUGAUGGCUCAAGUUUCGAUUCGAAGGGUGGCUUGAGCCCCAAGGGGACUUGCGCUCCGGUGUGCAUCGGGCAGGUCGAGUCCUGGUCGGAGGAUGGUGUCAUGGUUGACUCUCCUCGACAAGAGAUGCUUCUCCUGCAGCAAGAGGCAGUGGCGAAAUUAAAGCGGCAACUAGCCGAAGAGCAGGCAAAAGCCCAGAAGAGAGAAGAGCAGACUGAGCAGGUCUCGUCUGCCCUGGCAGCAACAAUCUCCUCAUUAAGAUUGAACCGAAUGCAGGCCAUUGCCUCAUGCGAGCGCCUGGAAGAAGAGAACAUAUCGCUGAAGCACCGUCUCCCAGAGCUGGACGUGCUACUGGCGCAUGAGCGUGGGAAGAGCGAAACUUUGGAAGAAACCAUGAAGGAGCUCGAGCUGCAGGUUGCGUCACUCAAAGACAAGUGCAAGGUGGCCGACGAGGAGGCCGUCCGAAGCGAGCGCAAGUGGCGCCUGGAUGAUGCUCAGCACCAGGAGGCUUCGCAGGCCUUGCACUUGCACACGACCUCCUUGCAGACAGAAGUACAGCUGGCACGAGACGAGGCGUUAUCAGAGCGGCGCAGGCGUGAGGAGUUGGAGAAGACCUGGCAGCAGGAUGUCCAGCGCCUGCAGUUGCAAGCUGAGGCAAUUCGACAAGACAAAGCAGAUGCGAGACAGUGGGACGAGGCUGAACGCCGGCUGCUUGACGAGCAGCACCGCUGCCUGGAGCUCACCGAGGACUUGAAGCGUCUGCAGCAGGAGGGCCGCGCAGAACUGGCGACAGAGCGACGCCGAAUGCAAACCCUGCGCGAGGAGCAGAGAGAGGCUGCACGUGACAUUUCGGCAGAACGUAAGACUUCGCGACAUCUGGCGCAGCAGCUGAAGCGCUACGAGGAGGAAGAAUUUCGCACAAGCCGAAAAGAGGACAGCCUCAGGCUUCUCCGAAGCUUCGAGGCUUGGCAUCGCAGGACUUUGCAGAACAUGCGUCAACUGGAUUCCCAGCGCAAAGUCGACGUGAAAGCCACGUCACAGGAGCUCCAGGAAGCUGGGCGCAAGCUUGCCCUUCAGGAGGACAAGGUCAAAGCAGCCUUUGGCAGGGCCACGACUGCCGAAGCAGAUUUUGCCUCCGAGAUGUUCGCCUGCCAAAAGCUCCAGCAGGAGCUUCGUGACAUGCAGCACAGGCUUGACUCCGAGGCCAUCAUCUAUCGAUCCAAAGCUGCGGCACAAGAAGCGCUCUUGGCAGCCGAAAGGACUGAGAGGCAGAAGCUGGAGGAGCAGUUGGUCGUGGUGCGCUGCAAGAGUGAAGAGACACAGGAAGCUUGCGCUGCGCGGGAGGCGCUGCGUUGUGCUGAGGUUCAGGCGCAGCUCUUUGCUCAGGCUGAAAUGGCAGAGUCUCGACGGGAGGUGUCCCAGCUUCGUGCUGAACUGGCCGCAUGCCGCGCUGCAUCAGAGACGUCGACACUGCGAUCUCCGAGCCGCUGGCGUGGUGGUCCCGAGGAUUCGCUCACCCAUGCUUUGCUGCAUGCUACGGUCCGAACGGUUACGAACGGCUACCAUGGGGCGGACUCCAUCACCUCCAGCUGGGAGGUGCGGCACAGUAGAGAUGGACGAGACCAGUUCGCAGCCCUGCUGCAAAGCAGUUCCAUCGCGGUGGCUUCCCUGCUGAAGCAGGUCAGGCGCCUUGAUGAUGCUCAUCGGACCCUGGCAGGCGAAGGAGGCGACGCAAGGGCCACUCCGGCUCAGCUCCGGGCCGUGCGGGCACUGGAGAAGCAGACCACAAUGUUGGAGCGGACCAACAAAGAGUGGACGACCUCACUUGCAGCAACAAAUGAGGAUGUCGGUAUGUUCGUCAACGGCGAUCCUGCAAGGCAGGGCAAGAAUGGAUACCAGAGCCCUGAUGUUGACGAAGAGGUCCCUACCUCACCGGCGGCUCGAGGGCAAGUCAUGGUGUCCGUGCUGCGACGGACAGAAGGGCGUUUGGAGAGGCUUCAUGAGCGGCUUCUACGCCUCCUGCCUUCCGAGGCUCCAGAUGACAGCUUCAAGCAAGAGCCCUUGUCUCAGACGACAGGCUGGUAG